UUGUUUUAACACGAAUUGUUUAUAUAUUGACUUUCACAUUAUCAGUUAUAUGCUAUUGCACUUUAAAGAUCUUUGUGCAUUUUCUUUUAAACAAUUAACAUAUUUUAGCACUAUCCUAGACAAUGAAAAUUAUAUAUUUUUAUUGUUCCUACUCAAAUAUUUGCUCCAGACGGGUUAAUGAUAUUUUUGCUUUAAAAGGCGGGUGUUCCAGAAAGGAACCUAACUAUAUGUCUUGAACCAGAAGCAGCCUCAGUGUAUGGUCGUCAUCUUCCAGUAUCCAAAGAUGAAACAUCGCUGGGCCAGUUUUCAUCAGGAACAAAGUUUCUUGUUUUGGAUGCAGGAGGUGGUACAGUUGACAUAACUGUACAUGUAGUGAAUGACUGGGGAAACUUGAAGGAACUUCAUCAACCAAACGGAGGUGCUUGGGGGAGGAACUAAAGUAGACGAAGCAUAUGAAGCGUUCCUUACAAAUAUUGUUGGUCCUAGUAUUUUUGCAAAAUUCAAAACAGAGCAUUUGGAUGACUACAUCGAUCUUUGCCGUAUCUUUGAAAAAGCCAAACGGCAAAUUUCUCCGACCAAAUUAGAUGGAAAAGUGACGAUGCGUGUAAUACCUUCCCUUUCUCAACUCUGUAAAGAUAUGACAGGAUAUGACUUCAUAGAAUUAUUUCUACAGUCAAAAUUCCGAAGCAAAAUCAAAGUUAUGGGCGGCGACAAGUUGAGAAUUGAUGCUGAAGUCUUCGCUGACUUUUUCAAACCAACCGUUAGCAGAAUAAUAAGCCAUCUUGCAUAUAUGCUGACCAAACCUGUUGUUCAGGGCUGUGCUGCCAUCCUAAUGGUUGGUGGAUUUUCCGAAUCACCAAUGUUGCACGAGAAGGUAAAGUCCUCUUUCAGAAAUAUGAAAGUUAUCCUUCCAGACGAGGCAGCAGUUUUAAAAGGAGCUGUCAUCUUUGGUCAUGAGCCGACAACAAUAACUGAGAGGAUAUGCAAGUAUACAUAUGGGGAAGGAUCAACUCAUAGGUACAGCAAAAGAUGCAACCAUCCAAUAGGAAGAGUUCAAAUGGAUGAAAAUGGUGACUUAAGAUGUUAUGAUCUCUUUAUAACUCAUGUUAAAGCAGGACAGUCUGUCAAGAUGGAUGAAGAACAACCAGAAAUGAUAAGCACACCUAUUACCGAUGACCAAACUGCUAUUGGUGUCGAUGUGUAUGCAUCCUCUUUAACAAAUCCGCAGCUUACUACAGAAGAUGGAUGCAAUCUGAUUGGAAAAUUAAGGGUGCCUAUAUCUGACACAAGCUCUGGAAGUAACCAUAAAUUUGGAAUAAGUUUCAUUUUUGGAGGGACCGAGAUUGUUGUAAAAGUCGUUGACAAGGAGUCCGGUGAAAUCAUGUUAAAAUCUGUCGAUUUUCUUGGAUAGAAUAUAAACAAAAUAAAUCGGAACACUGACAUUACUACUUUUUAUUGUUUUGUUUGCUAGUAUGAGGCAAUGCUGUUCUUUGAUAAUAUAUACUGAAUGCAUGAAGCAUUAUUUUAGAUUUUUUAAGCACUUGAAGCACACUACGUUAAUAUCACAAGCAUUUCAUAUAACAGGUAAAGAUUGCUAUUUAUGUAUAAUGUACCUUAAUUUGUUCAUAUGUUAUCGUGGAGGAUAACUUUUUGACGGCAUUGGAAUGCAACAUCUAUUGGCGUUCUAACUAUAACUAUUAUUAUCGUACUUCUAAGUAAGAAAAUGCUCUCAAUAUAAUUGUUAAAUACAAAUUAUAUAAAAUGAUUAAACAAACAUUUGAAAUCAUCUUAAGUCUUAAAUUGCUAAUUAUAUAGUGAACUGCAAUCAAUUAGAAAUCGUGUUAGAAUGAUUUAUUCCCAUUAGUAUGAUUGAAUUGUAUUCAACUUUUUCAUUUGGGGUACAGCAUAUUCUGUCAUUAAAGACUACUAUACAUGUAUUAAUAGGGAGUGUAAACUAACACAAAAUAUGUACUUAUUUAUAAUAAAAUCAAGUAUAGUGAAUAAAAGAAAUAUAACA